UGCUCGAUUCUCAGAGCGUGAGGUUGACUUUCCAAGUUGUGCUCUAGUUAAAUACUCGGUUCGAUUAUCGGUUUAUUGGAUUAUCAGUGCGAGAGUGUAACGAGAAUACGAGAAUACGGAAUCGUGAUGGAAAAGUUACUUUUACUGCCCGGAAUAUGGCUAACAUUGCUCUAUUUAGUAUCUCCUGGUUCAACUCAACAUUUACCACCUGUUACGUGUCAACAUUUCGAUUAUUUAUCAUUUAAUGGUCAGUUUAUUGGACACAUUUCCAUAGAGCUCGAUCCGCUCUUUCAAGAAAAUAAUCUUGUCGUGGAGUUCUCACAGCGUGGUGCCUAUGAUUGGAGUUAUGUUGGCAGCUUAUCGCUGUGGGAUGAUCAGGCGACAACCACAUUGAAUAUUCGAAAUGGUAAUCCCGUAAACUACCGCGUUGACUUUCCCAUUCCCUCGAGUCCACCGAAAUUGACACAGAUCAAGCUCAACAAUGUGCUGAUCUGCAAUGCACCACAUUAUGGACGUCCUCGCACGGCAAUCUCCUUGAUGCACACGCUUCGUUCUUCAGUUUCUCCUCUGUCCUUUUUGCCCAGUCCACAGAGGUCUUCUUCCUGGCAGUUCCAGCCAAAUCGUCAGGAGAAUCCACCCUUCUUCAAUACACAAGUACAGGAAUAUACAACUCCCCGAGUGCAACCUAUACAGAGAGUACAGCCCAAGCAACCUGUUCCACAAAUUCAACCUACAGAAACUCAAGCGGAGUUCGGAUUUAACAAUACAGUGGAGCCAAAGAUUUCAGAGCCUGUGACUGCGAUUUGUGGACGUGAAAGAGUCACGACAACACCGUUAAUUUUCCGAGGUAAGCCCCUGGAACGUGGUCAGCUGCCCUGGCUGGUGGGUCUCUUCGAGAGGAAUCAGGAUCAUGCUCUCAUCUUCUUCUGUGGCGGCACUUUAAUCUCCUCCACGACGGUGCUCUCCGCGGCCCACUGCUUCAGUUUUCCUGGACGGGAUUUGCCUGCCAGUAAUGCAGUCGUCUCCCUGGGACGGAACACCAUUGAUCUGGUUUCGGAGGGAGAACUCAAAGAUGUCGCUCAGCUGCUCAUUCACGAUCAAUAUAAGCCCUCAGAGUUCACAAAAGCGGAUCUUGUGCUUAUCCGAAUGGCCAGCGCUGUGACAUUCACUGACUACAUUGUGCCUAUUUGCCUGUGGAGCGAGAAUUUCCCGCUGCAACUGGCGUCGGGCUAUAAGGCCUAUGUGGCCGGUUGGGGAGCAGAUGAAACCGGAAAUGUGAAUACUCAGCUAUCCAGAAUAACGGAUACGGAUAUUGUGAGCGAGUCGAACUGUCUGCGAGAGUUGCCAAGUCUCCUGGUGCAAUCAAAUACACUCUGUGCCAAGAAAUCGGGAGCGGGUCCUUGUGCCAGUGAUGGAGGCGGUGGUCUGAUGCUCCGGGAGAACAAUGUAUGGCUAUUAAGAGCAGUCCUCUCGGUUGGUCAGCGCAAAGAGAACACCUGUGAUCUGAACAAACCUGCUGUCUACACCGAUGUGGCCAAACAUAUAGCCUGGGUGCGUCAAAAUAUCUGGGAAUAACUACUCCUAGUUCUACACAACAAUGCCAAAAGAAAGAGAUAGUAA